UCGAGUCAUGUGAGGGGCUCAAGCCCUCCUCCCUCCUAGCCAUGGGGAAUGGCAUGAACAAGGUGUUGCCGGGGCUGUACGUGGGCAACUAUAGGGACUCCAAAGAUGCACAACAAUUGGACAGAUUCAACAUCACCCACAUCGUCGCCAUCCACGACGCCGCACGAAAACUGCACUCGGACAAACACUACCUGUGUGUGAUGGCAGCGGACACCCCGGACCAGAACCUUACACAAUACUUUCCUCUAUGUAACGACUUUAUCCACGCGGCUCGACUCCGUGGUGGCAACGUCCUUAUUCAUUGUUUGGCAGGCAUGUCUCGCAGCGUGACCGUGGCAGUAGCGUACAUCAUGAGCGUGACGUCUCUCAACUGGAAGGAAGCCCUCAAAGUUGUCCGGGUCGGGCGGUCUGUGGCAAAUCCAAAUUUCGGUUUUCAGAAACAGCUGCAAGAGUUUGAGAUAUACCGACUUUCUGAGGAGAGAAGAAGACUGAAGGAGAGGUUUCCUUCGCGGGCGCUCGCUGAGAGAGACGAGAAGGAGUGCAGAAUAUUGCUCAACUCUUAUCAAGGACUCUUGCUGAGUAAGGAUCUAUGCGAAGGAAAGUGUGCGUUCGGCGAGGUUUGUCCAACAGGCUUAUGUCGCUCUCCUAGCAAGAGAAUAUUGCGAAGGAAGUCUUCGACAACGCCGCCCCAGUCUCCUCGCAUGCUGCCGCCCACGCCGACCGCCCACUCACGGUCGUCCAUGAGCCUGAACAACAUGAGCGGCCCCUCCACUGGGCGGCGACCCCGCAGCGGCCCGGGUGGGUUGUCUUCCUACGCGGCUAACUCAUCCGCUCCUUCGUCUCGCUCAGGGUCUCGUUACGACCUCACCGCAGUCGCUGGAUCAUCCUCACGGGAACGUGACCCGCCUAUCUCGUCUAGCGUCACUUCUGUCACGUCCAGACGUGACUUCGUACCUCAGAGCGCUCCUUCGAGUCCUCAGAACUUUCCUCGUCGCGCUCCCAUAGUCCCUCUACAUGAACUUGACUCAUGAACUAUGUCGGUACUCGCAUUUGUACACUUUGUUUUGACAAUCUGCUUAGGUUAGAUUGGUCGAUGCUGAAUCCUCUCUGGUGGUCAAAGCAGUAAAAUAGCUAAAACCAUAGCUAAAACUAUUUUAAAGUAGUUAUUCUAAUUCAAAGAAUCCUCUUUAGUUGAUUUGAAGACCAAGAAUUUACUAUCUUUUUUUACAUUUGAAAUCAGUUUUAAUAGAAAAACAGUGUAGUAACAUUUUUAGGUGAUUAAUUACAGUUGUGGAAUAGUACAAGUGAAAUCAGAUGAAUAUCAACAUUUUGUACUUACCAAACACAAAGGGACAUAAGACCAAAUUUGUGGGAAACCUAUUCUAAAUUUUAAUUUUACUGUUUUAUCAUAAAAUGACUCAGGCUCCAUUGCAAACACAUCCUAUUUUAAGUUUGAAAGCCAUCGGAACGAAAUUACUGAUAUAACUGAAAAUAACCUUUAAAUAAGUAAAAAGUCUGUUGUCUUUUUAUUCUAAAAAAAUUUAAAAGUAUUACAACCAUGCAUAGAAAAUAUAAUAGUAAUAUAAUUCCAUUAUAAAAUGGCUUGUGACUGCUAGCAGAGAGUUCAGCAUCUUCCAUUAGGUUUUGUGAAUGCUACAAGUACAACUUUAUUUAGAUUUCUUGCAGUGAUAAUCCACAUUAGGUGAUUAAAACAUAUCUUGGAUUCAUUUUAAGAGUACAAGACAUUUUAGGUGAAUUAUAUUACAGUAGUGCUCAACAUAUUUAUAAGGUUAAAUAUGUUAAGAGUAAGGAGUGACGAAGAUUUUCGGAAUGUUAAAUUUAUGAAAAUUAAACUUGGUCACAUGUAUCCAAUUGAAGCAUUUACUAGUAAUUAUACUGAAAACACUGUGAGAUAAAAUAUUGUAUUAUGAAUUUACCUAUAGGAUUUGUUAGAAGUAGUUGCACAUAAAAUUGAAGUUGUUUUAGUUAUGUUUUUAUACAAUCAUAGUGUUGAAAAUUGAAUUUGAAAUAAUCGGAUAUCUAUUUUUAUAACAGUUUAAUAUGCAUUGGUCUAGGUAACGUUUUAGAGUAUAUAUCAAUGCUUUGGUAAACAUGUUAUUUUUUGGGACUAAAAUACUGUAACGUAUAUGAAAAAUUCUUUAUUUUAGUCAAGUCCUGAAAUUUCAAUCUUAAUAUUCUUUAUUUUUGCUCUUUAGGUUGGAAACAAAUUUCUAAAGAGCUGAUCACUAUCAGCUCUACAUAUUUAGGAUAUUGUAAAUAUGUAUAAAUACAGUACAAUAUUUACAUUGGCUAUACCAUUCUACAAUCAAACAUAAUUGAUUGAAAAACCAUCAAGCAUUUGUUAUUAAAAAUGUUAAAGACUAUUUUUGUUAAACACCAACUGCCAAAUUCUGUUUGUAUGUAGCCAACGCCUUUAGUAUACAACUACAAUUUAUUUAGUAUUAAUACACAGUAUGGUAAACGUUGUUAAAUCUGUUGUUAAAAAUUGUCAGUUGACUAAUAAUUAAUGUUAUAACGGAAUAUUAAAUAAACAUAUUCAGAAUAACCAUCAGAGUUAAGAGAUUACGGAAUGAAGGAAUUGAAAAGAAAAAUUAAUUUUUUAUACUGGACAAUACACUAAAUCUAUUUGGUACUUUUCCGUCCAUCAAGUUUUAGUGUUAACGAAACAAGACAAUACCAAAAUUCAAUCUGUCCGAAUCAAAUUGAUUUUUAUCUAGUCUGUUACAAACUUGUAUCUAAUUUUUGGAGAUAAUUUUUCUACUGAAGUUAGACAUAAAUCACACAAAACAAACUCAUUCUGAUAAAGGUAGGAAACAGAAAAAAUAUAUGUUUAAAAACUCAAUGAUGAUAUAUUCCACUAAAAAUUAUACUUGAACUACCAAUAUUCUUCCAAUUUGCUGGUCAUUGGGUGAAAAUGUUUGUUAAAAAUAGGGAAACUGAGUUUAAAAUCAGAAACCGAGCGUUUUAACGUUUUUUAAACAAACGUAAAAUAAUUUUACCUAACCACUUUUAAAGAAUAAAUUUUAAUAUUAUGUAUAAUGCAUCCCUAUAAUGUAAAAUGGGCUAGGCUAUUUUCAAUUGAAAUAUCACACUAGGCAUAUUUAACUGUCUUGUCUUUCAAUGGUAAAAUAAGUUUGAACUGUAUUUAAAAGCAAAUGUAUGGUUAGCAAUAAAAGAAAUAAAAAAUCAUAAUAGUACAAUCACUAUAAAUUUUCUUAAAUAAGAUGUAUAAGUGUGUGCAUGUGUGUUUCCUGCACAGGAUAAAAUAAAAUCCAUGAGGUAUGACAUAAAUGCAAAGACUCUUCAGCAUUUUUGUUCUCUUUGUAAAUAUCAUUGUUAUGACAGUAAAAGAACAGUAAUAUAACAGUGAAAGAAAAUUUGUCCUUUUGAAUAAUAGUUAAACCGUCAAAUCGGUUGAAAUUUAUAACUAAGUGGACUGUGACAAAAUAUAAACGUUUGAGAUCAUACAUGAACUUUAAAAAGUAAUUACACUUUAGAAAUAAACUAAUAAAAGUUUAUUCAAAGAAUACUAUGUGCUGUAUAAUAAUUCUUAGUAAAUAUUGUUUACAUAAGAACCUGGAUUAUUAUGUAGUUUAAAAUUGAAAACAUAAAGAAAGCAAUAAAUUAAGGGAAGAUAGAUAUGUAUUUGAUGUGCCUUGAAUGUGAUUUGAUGUGAGCAGGGUGGGGCUUAGGCAAUUUAGAGGUAAACAAUCGUAGGUAAACAAUAGUCAACUUUUGUAAAUAAAAAACAUUUAAAAUUUUAAAAAAUAGGUUUUAAAGUUAAAAGUUUUAAAUGAUUCCAUUUUAAUAUGCUCGAUACCUUUUAGGGCUAAAAAAAUUAUCUGGAGAAUAAUUUGAUUCAUAGUAGAUUCAAGCUUCCUUUUCCAAGGGGCAAUUUUGCAGCUUACAAAAAUACUAAUGAAAUCGUUGAUUGGAAGCAGAAAAUUAAAGGCUAAAAUAAAACACAAUACAACAUUGUUACAAUUAUUUUCUAAUUUGCCUGAGCCUCAAGUUGUGAUAUUGAGCUGUUAAGUAAUUCAUAAGUUCUUGUUGGAUUUGCCUGAUUAUGAUUGUUAUUGUUGUUUUUUAAAAUAUCUACAUGCUUAAAAGCAUUAUUUAUAACACGUUUUAAUGUUAAAUUUUUAAAAGAUACCAUCUGGAAAACGGAUACAGUGAAAUUUAUGAGGACAAUACUAAUAUUAGUAGAGAAUGUGACCUUAUGUAAUGUAUAGACACUAAAUUUUGCAAGGAUGAAAGAAAGUCUUCAGUAAUGUUAUUGCACAAAAUAUGUUAAAUUUGUUUAGAUAGUAUAUUGUAUAUUGUACAUUGUUCCUUAGCUUGUAGUUAGUCGUAAGAGAUGCUUAAGUGUUUGUGAGCAUCAAAUAUUGAAUUGGUUUCAGUAAUUGUGCUGAUAUAAUUGCCAAAGAAAAUUUGUUGCAAUAACGUCGUUGAUUGAUAUUAAAUCGGCUUACAAAGCGAGGCAGGUUUGUUACUUUUUGUUCUCUGAAUUCGGAGCUAUCACAUUGUUGAUAUUGAUUUGAAAAAAGGUAACUGAAUUUUAAAGGACUGUUGAGUAAAUUACAAAGCAAAAUCGUAUAAAAUACAAAUUUUGAUGAUUGUCGUUUUAACAUUCGUACUAACUUUUUAAAAGGCCAUCAAUUAAAAUAGAGAAUCAGGAAAAAAAGACAUAAAGAUUAGUAAAUUAAGGAAGAAACUAACUCAUCUAAGUAAAGAUUUCCUAGCAUUUACACAAAACGUUUAAAGCACAAUUUAUAUUUCAUCCCUCUAAAGGGACUUCUUCAGAAGCAUUAAUUUUUGUAUGGGGAGUUAAUUGUGUUCUACACUUUUUGGGUGUUAUCAACUGCCUUAAACUCUUUUCUUAGGUGAGAUAUUUGUUUCAUUACAUUUUCCAUAACCUUUGCAAUCAGUAAGACUAUAGGUUAUCUUAAUCACUAGGAUGGCUAGUCUGUUCUUUUGCAAGAGUGAGGAUAAGAUUUCACGUCAGUUUGUUAUGUUGCUUGGUCGGUGAUACUGUACAACAUUGAAACCUCAAAUGCUUAAAGGCCCAUCGACAUAAGUUGAAACAUGUUUUUUACAAAAAAUUAUUAUUUUAAUUUCUGCUUAGUGGUAAUUCCUAACCAGCAACUUAAAAUAUAAAAUAAUUCCAAUGUAGUGUGAAAAAGCCACUAUUAUGGCUGCCAAGCUAUUACGCAGAACAAAGGUAACCAGUGGUACUUGCCACAUAAGUAUUAAAAGCAGCUGAUCGAAACAAUUCUAUGAUCUUUAUUUCAACACUGUGACCAAUACUUCUGGCCAACAGAGCACAAUGGUAAAGUUCUUCCUAAAGUGCUUUUUCCAUUAAACCUCCACAUAAGGUUAUUUAAAUCGUAAUUCAGAAUAAUUUCUCGUAAACUCUAGGCAUAAUGAUUACUGAAAUCAAAUCAAUACCUCUACUAGUAGUUAGUUUUCUACAGAUGAAUGAGGCUUUAUUCGAUGUAUAUAUGUAAUAAGGCGCUGCAAAAUCCUGCAAUGUAAGUCGAGAACACCACCCAAAAAACAAACCACUCAUCGUCACUUUCUCCCGUUGUUAGGUGGCUUUUGUCUUUAGCGGACACUUCACUUGUAAAAUGCAAUGAUCUCAAGUCAAUGAAUAAACAUGUUAUAUUCCUAACGGAGUGCAGUACAUUUAGUCAAUGAUAAUAAUUGGCAUUAAUUGUUGCCAUCUCUGAGCUUAUAUGACCAAUUUAUUUUCUAGCAGUUAUUAGUUUUAUUUAUUUUUCAGUAACGGAUCUAAGCUAGUUACAUCACACUUAAAUUGACAAGAAAUUGUGUUUAACUUAUCAGUCUACCAAUUCAGCAUGUUUCAUCAGUUUAAUCUCCUUUUUUGUAGUUACUUUUUCCACCUAAAAUUAAUAUAUCUUACUUCACACAAUCUUUGCCCACUUUCACUUUAAAAGGCGAGAUCUGUCAAAUCACUCAAAUCCACAAUUUUCUACACACAACCCUACACCAAAUACCAUUGGUGCAAAAUACGUGGAAAUAAAUAACCUCGCUUAAUCCUGGUUAAUCCAGCGUAUGGAUAACUUAGUUCUAAGCUUUGAGCAGGAUCAGCACGUUGCCAAUAGCCACACACUAAUAAGGGUGCAUAUUAGCAUAGCUAGAGUUACUGUUAGUGGACUAUUUUGUGUCGUGGUUUUAUAUUUUUACACAGCUGUUACUAGAAACUCGUGUUAGGUUGGCGAGCCUGGGCUGGAUCUGGGUUAGAAGUUUUAUGGGAUGUAUACAAAAUUUUACAAUUUUUCUAGAUGGAAAAGUUAUAAAAUGUGGUUUACAUCGUUAUAUUUUUGGAGUGUAAAUAAUGUGUUUUAGUGUGAACUAAUACUUGUGAGACCAAAAAGAUUGAAAUUGUUCGCUUUAAUUUGAAAAAUUUUGUAUGAAUUACAUUGAUUGAAUAGUGUAUGCACAAAUUUACCAUAGAUUGACUGAGUUUUACGAACAUUUAAAAAAAUUAAAAUCUUUAUGGUUUAAGAACUAUUUUUCACUUAAAAAAAAUAACUAAAUGUAAUACAAAAAAUAAAUGUAUUGAAUUAGUAAUUUUGUAACAAACAUUAACAGCUGAGGUAACUUGGGCUAGAGCAUAGACAAAUAGAAUAGAUAUAGACCGUCAGCUGUGCUGCAGUUAGCAUAAGUUCUGGCGUCCACUGCUAGGUUUGCCAUGUAGUUACGGCGCACACCGCUGCAGCGUGCAGCGUCCCUGCUGGUCGCAUACGGCUCCUGCGCUCCUCACCUGCAGCGGUGUGCGCCGUAACUACACGGCACUCCUAGCGGAGGGCGCCGGAACCUUCCUUUGACAGUCUACAUGGCUAUAGUUACUUAGACCAGUAACUAUUAGUUAGAGGUUACUUACAAACCAUAUACAAUUAUUGUAAAUAAGUUUUAUUUGUGUGCACUCCAAAUCUGUUAAGCUGCGUUUGGACGAGGCCAUAGGCAGGCAGAUUACAGGGCAGGUUACCUGCAACAGUGUAUUUCAAGUUACCUGAGGCAGUUAACCUGCCUGCCAAUUGGCCUUGUGUAAACACAGCUUUACAGAUAGAACUAUGUUUAAACCAAGUUAUUUUUAACAUUGACAUAAAAAAAAUAAUAUUUUGAAAAAACCCCUUUAAUUUGGUCUUGCAAGUAUCCGUUCUGAUGUAAAAACCUUACUACCAUUGUAGUUCCUCAGAAGAUUUGGCUUGUAUUUUUACCACACACUGUUGACAUAUUAUUAGGCCAGUUUGUUAGAGAGCUAUCAAGAGUUUUAUAGUUUAUGAAAAUAAACUUUACGUUCAA